CACGUUGGUAUGAUCCACCCCCCCGCCACACGUUGGUAUGAUCCACCCCCCGCCACACGUUGGUAUGAUCCCCUCGCUGGUGACACUGAAGAACAAAAUGGCGCUGUGUGGAGGUUCUCGUCUGUUUCCAGGAGUCAGAUCCUGGUUCCAUCGCUCCUCCGUGCUUCAGUCCACGUGUCCUCCUCACUCCGGGUUCUUUGGUCCAGUUGAAGACGUCAUGUUGUCUUCAGGGACAUUCAAAGACAGAGUGGCUUUCAUCACAGGAGGGGGGACAGGACUGGGCCGAGCCAUGACCACCACACUGUCCCAGCUGGGAGCUGUUUGUGUCAUCGCCAGCAGGAAACUUGAAGUUCUUCAGCAGACAGCUGACGAGAUCAGCAGCCAGACUGGGAACAAGGUCCAUGUGGUUCAGUGUGACGUCAGAAAUCCUGAGGACGUUUCCCAUUGUGUUGACAAGAUGGAAAGUCUCACAGGUCUUCCUGAUGUGAUCAUCAACAACGCAGCGGGAAACUUUAUUUGUCCAUCAGAGCGUCUGUCUCCAAACGGCUGGAAGACCAUCACCGACAUUGUCCUCAACGGGACGGCCUUCGUUACUCUGGAGCUGGGGAAGAGACUCAUCCAGAGACAGAGAGGAGCUUCUUUCCUCGCCAUCACCACCAUCUAUGCUGAGUCUGGUUCUGGUUUUGUGGUCCCAAGUGCAUCAGCCAAGGCUGGAGUUGAGGCACUCUACAAGUCUCUUGCUGCAGAGUGGGGGCGCUAUGGUCACAGGUUUAACAUCAUUCAGCCUGGACCAAUCAAAACAAAGGGAGCGUUCAGUCGUUUAGAUCCAACAGGAACCUUUGAGAAGUCUAUGAUUGGUCGAAUUCCUACAGGUCGUUUGGGGAAACCAGCAGAGGUCGCGAACUUGGCGGCUUAUAUGAGCAGUGACUACGCCACCUGGAUGUCUGGAGCUGUGAUCCGUUUGGACGGAGGAGAGUAUGUGUCCAUGGCUGGAGAAUUUAACGAGCUGCGCAGGGUGACGCCUGAACAGUGGAACAUGAUGGAGGACAUGAUCAGAAACACUAAAGGAUCCUGAUCACACCCUCACCCUCACCCGGACCCUCACCCGGACAUGACGACCAGUCACACCUGUGCAGUGUUGAGGGACAACAGUUAAUGACAAUAGUUUGAUUGUAUCAACGCUUUAAAACUUUAAAGCGUUUUAAAGUGCAGGGACCCUGGGCCUCUGCAUAUAUAUAUAUAUAUAUA